ACACAAAAGCACGGGCAUCACUUCGACAUCGCUACGCACGCAGUCGCGACGGAGGCGCCAAACUUCUCAAGGGCUUCGGCAUUACCGUCGGCUAUAAUUAAGCCAAGGCAUAGCCGAAUGGUAAGUCCCUUAGACAAGCAAGGAUCCAGUAUCUUGUCUUACUCUGCGUCUGCACUUACAAGUUAUGCCAGAUGUCGAUCAUGGAUGAAGAUGACACCGAUUUCCAACCCCGCAUCCUCAGUAACCAAUCCGGCGCGGUCGUCAGGGUUAUCGAUACCGGCGUUGUUCAGAAGCGAGGCGACCGCGUCACGAGAAGCGAAGAAGCAGCUCUACGCCUUGUGAAGGAAUACACACGAGUUCCUCUCCCAGAAUUAUAUACAGCAGACUACUUUUUCAAGGAUGGAGAAGAGCAUGGUAUUUUCCUGAUGAGUCUCGUUGACGGCUCUCCACUCCACGUUGUAUGGGAGGGGUUUGAUAAUGGCACGAAGGAGCGAAUAUGUCACGAACUUUGGGGAACGGUCAGGCAGCUGCGCCAGAUUCCGCGCCCACCCGCCUUCGGUCAUUUAUAUCAGUGCUUGGCUGAUGGCUCACCAAGCUCUGAUAUAUUGCUCAAGGAUCUCAACGAGCCCUCGUCUCCAAUCUUAACAGAUGACGACUUGCAAGCCCGCAUCUACAAACGCUAUCUUCACCAUAACGGCGGGUCGUUUCCAGAGAAUCUCCCAAGUAUACUUCCACGCUCAUCCGAUUCUGUCUUUACACACGGCGACCUCACCCCACGUAAUAUUAUGGUUGACAGUGCUGGUCGGAUAACUGGAAUACUGGACUGGGAGAAUGCUGGGUGGUAUCCAGACUAUUGGGAAUACGCUAAUAUUAUGAAACCUUCGAAAGAUGGCGACUGGAUGGCAUGGAUGGACUCUACGAAACCGCAGGAAUGGGACAUCACAGGUAUCAGGAAGGCGAGGCGGGUUCUUUUCUAGCGGCGCAUGAUCGUCUACAAACUUAAGAGAUAGGGUUCUGUAUUCUGUUUUGAAAUAUCGCUGCAACUGCACUGUACUGAGUUCAAACGAUGC